UGACAAAUCGGACAAAAGUUGUAAUAGCAAUUGUUAGUGCUUAAACAAUAUCGUAUACAUAGUAUAAAAAUACAAACCGGGGAAGAACUAAUAAAUAAAAUAAUAUAAAACAUAAUCCGAUACUAGCUCAAUGUACUAUAGCCACAAGCUUCGUCAUAGAAUGCGUCAGAAAUGACAUGACGCCAGUAAAAACACUUCCUUCUACUCUCGCAAAGGUUUCACCGUUGAUACAAAUGACAGACAUGAACCCUGCAGUUUUUAAAGUUUAUAAUCAAGCAGAAACAUUGAAGAUGUCUGAUUCGAAGAGAAGGUCUAGAGGGAGUCAAGAGGAGUCAGCGGGAACAUCCAAUGGAUUGGGUGGGCGGAACAGGUCAGAGAGAGCUUGUGAUAUGGGUGAUGAAGAUGAUAUUGGUGCUGGACCCUCAGGUAUUAGUGAGGAAGAUGAUGAUCCAACACGCAGGAGAGAGAUCAGGAGCAAGUACAGGGAUCUGAUCAAUCAAGUCCAGCAAAAUCGUGAGGACAUGCUGAACCCAGCUAACAAUAAACUCACUGAUGUUUUAGAAGAGGCCAACAAACUUUUUGCCAAUGUGAGGCAGGCUCGUGAAGCAGCGCUGGAUGCUCAACUCCUGGUACUAGCCACUGAUCUAGGGAAGGAAAAGGCCAGCCAGCUACAUGCUGAAGGCUCUGCGUUUGACCCGUCUGCAUUUGCAGAACAUUUGUUGUCCUUCAUGGGUCUGAAUCGUUUGGAAGAUGAAAGUGGUCAGGAUGGGAACUUGGAGGGAUAUUUACCACAAAGCGCCUGGCAGAGGCUUGCAAAGAGAUCUGAGUACUGCUUCAAAACAGCCCCCUCAUUCCACUACAUUUUUCUAAAGACACGGACCUCCCGGACUGUGGAGAACAUCUUCCACACGUCUUUUCUCAUAAGGGAUGGUCUGGUGAAAAUGAACUUGGAUAAGGAUGGGCUUCCUUGUAUAGCUCCAGUAGAGGAAGGAGAGGUAGAGCCUGGUGGAGCUGCUGUCCGACAUCAAUGUGUCGUCUCCAUCAACCAGGAAAGCUAGAGGGAAAUCAUCGAUGCCUUUGAUAUUAAGGGAGCUUUGAUCCCUGCUCCAGAGGUUUUGUCGCAGUAAAGCUAAGUUGGAGGAUAGUUAGCGGCAGCCGGCAAAAUAUUUGUAAAAUAAAAAAUACUGUUUUCUUCCUUUUAUAUUUUUAAUAUUUGGGAUCACAAUUUUAAGAGUUAUGCCUUUGAAUUCUGUAUAAAAUGUAAUAAUUGUGUCUAAUACAAUAAAUGUAAAGUGAACUUGCACUCAACAUUAUAUUGAGUGUUGGAUUCCAAGUAAAACUAAAGAAAUAUUUUAGUUUGAUGGAAACAGGCAAGGUUCAUAACUCUCCACUGUCUGUAAAUGUACAUCUCUGUUCUUUUUCCUCUGAAUUUGAAAUAUUCAGAGAAGCUGGUCAAUUGUGUGCAUAUAGACGGUGUCUGGAUGCUUGAAAAUGUCUCUCUGUUCACAUGGGAUCAAUAUUUCAUAAAACAGGUUUGCUUUGUAAACCAUUAUGUAAAGAUAUUCUAUUUGCAAGUCAAAUCUCCAUUUGCACAGCCCUCAUACUAGAGUGUCCGCUUAUACUUAAUUUAACAAGGUAAGGUAAUUUCCUUGAAUAUAAUUUUACUAUCUAAGCUAUUAAGCCUAACUUUGAUUGUGUGUAGAUAAGAAACUUAAUGCAGAUUAAUUAAAUAUGUGCAUAGUGUUGUGUUUUUAGGGUUUUGUUUCAAUUUCUUAAUAGUAAUCAUUAAUCGGGUCACAAAAGUAUGUAGUAAGAUGAACCUCAAUAUUUGCCAUAUCCUGACUUCCUUGUCAGUAAUUAUGUUCAGAUUACAGUUGAACACAAUCACGUAGAGGUGAAAUAAUUAUUUAUUUUUAAUAAAGUUGAAUAUGUGUGAAUGUGAUUUAAAAGUACUCUUUAAAAAUUCUUAAUGAAUACAUACUCUUGACUGCUGCCUCUAGUCAAGUAUAUAAAUAUUGCCAUAUGGCAAUAUUUGUAUUUUCUUGCGCUUUGUUGUCUGUUACAUGUUCAUAUAAAGUCUGUGUAAAAUGCUUAUGCAGGGAGGCAAUAGAGAGCUGUCCAUGUGUGCAGUGGUGCGGCCCUCCAUAUGCGCACAGAUUGGUCCAAGCUUGGAUUAACUGCCCUGUAGUUUGAUCCCACUGACAUCUGAAGCCUUUUGGAGGGAUCUGCCUGCUGUCUGAGUAACACUCAUGUUCACAAGACACUUCUUUAAGCUGCAGGGACUUUUUGGACAGUGUGGUGGUAUAAAUCUGCAUUCAGGUCAGUGGCUGAAGUUGUGAUUUUAGUGUAGUAUUGAUUUCUUACAGCAGUUUUUUUUGUUUUGUUUUUUUUUCAUUUAUGAUUUUUCAAUCCUGUUAAAAAGUCUUUAGGCUUACUAUCUGCUUGUUGAUGUGCUUUGUUUAGGUGUAGGUGCUGUUUUAUGCCUUUAUAUGCUUUAUUUAAUGUUCAUAAAUGGCUUACUGCUUGAAGUUCUAAAUCUUUGUAUUUCAAAUUGGCUG